GUAACGUACCAGUUCAACCACACUGUAGAUCCAGGUUAAUGGUUACUGGUAUGUUGCAUGUUCACUUUAUUAGGUAGAUAGGUUAUUUAGAUCGGGACAAUGGCCCGGGUGGUGAAGGUGAUAAGGACUCUGCGGAAUCACUGGAAGAAAUCUACCUUUGCUGCAGGUGUCCUGUCAUAUGGUGGAUACUGGUUGUACGGGAAGCACUGUGACAGUGUGCUGCGGAGAGAGGCUUGUGAGGAAGCCAGGGAAUUUGGCAGGCAAUUGAUUGCCCCCCAGGAGCAGCUAAGGAAAGCUACAGUGAUCCUGAAUCCAGCAGCAAGCAAAGGAAAAGCCAACACACUGUUUGAAAAGAAUGCAGCACCCAUUCUACACCUCGCUGGUGUGGAGGUUAAAAUUAUAAAGACCGAUUAUGAAGGGCAAGCAAAAAAGCUGAUGGAUCUGAUGGAGGAGACUGACAUGUUAAUUGUUGCUGGUGGUGAUGGGACACUGCAAGAGGUGGUAACUGGCUUGCUGAGAAGAACCGAUGAGGAAACCUUUAGUAAAAUACCUAUCGGCUUCAUUCCUCUUGGCUCCAGGAACUCUCUGAGCCCAAGUCUACAUCUGGUUACUGAUAACAAAGUAAAACGCAUCACUUCAGCAACGCUGUCCAUUCUUAAAGGCGAGACUGUGCCACUGGAUGUAUUGCAGAUAAAGAGUGAGAAGGAGCAGCCCAUCUUUGCUUUGAUUAGUUUACGCUGGGGUGCCUUUCGAGAUGUUGCAGGAUCCAUCAGCAAGCAUUGGUAUCUGGGCCCUUUGAAGGCAAGAGCAGCACAUUGGUUUAGCACACUAAGGGAGUGGCCUCAGACCCAUCACGCCUCUCUGUCAUUCCUGCCUCCUGUUCCUCGCCCCCCAGACCUGCCUGAUGAGAAGCCCUCGAGACCAAACCUUGUGUACCGCGUCUACCGCAGGCUUCAGAACCACUGGAACCCUCCAGUGGAAGAACCCUGUAAAGAGGCAGAACCAGAGCGCUGGGAGGACAGGCAGAUCUCCACACUGGAGCUUACAAUAAGCACACAGAACAGCAACCCUGUGAAAAGGCGUACAGACGAUUCCCUGGUGCUCUCUGUGGAGCCAGACGCACUCACAGUUGGUCAGUUCAUCACAGAAGGGACCAAGAAGGCUGAAAAUCCACUUGAGUGUACAGAGGACACACUUCACAUAGAGGCGAGUGUGUGUCGGCUCAACCUGCCCGAGGAAGGCGCUGGUCAUUUCGACGUAGACAAUGAAGAGUUCGAGGCGAUGCCAGUGGAAGUAAAGCUGUUGCCACGGAAACUGAAGUUUUUCAGCAGCGCCGACCGCAGAGAAGAAUUAGCACAGAUGAACUGACCACUGUGUGGUUAAAUAACUAACAGCUGGGGAUGUCCAUAUGUUCUAAACUCUUGGACCUUUUUUUAUAUAUAAAACAAUAUUAUGGCUUGUCCCUCAAAUCAAGCUAAAUUUGAUGAAUAAAUAUUGUUUUGGAUUAAUGAUUCAUGUAUUUUAUGGAAAAAAAUUCCCACAAACCCAGUUAUAAAGCAACGUGCUACAGAAUAUAAGAGAUCAGCUGGAUGCAUAUGAAAUUUGUAUUUCUGUUUUAAUUAACCAUGCUGUCUAAACCUCUUAUUAUCUAUUAGAAACCAUUUUAACAGCUAUUGUAAUUGUACAGCAACACACAAUAAACUGGGCCCCUGUCAAUUAUGUAUGUUGCAUGUGUUAAAUAAAGCACUGUACAUAAACUGGGGAUAUAGAAACAUGUUUACCCAAAAACUGAACAGACUUGUACACAUAACACUUAAAAUAAGUGCACUGUCUAAUCCAGCAGGUCGUCUUCUGAUGCAGACUUGGCUACAGAGUUUACCCUACAAUCAAGUGAACUGAAUAUAUGUGACCAUGUAAAUACAUUAAAACAAGACUGAGUACAUCA